CGAUAUGGCGUUGAAGCUGCUUUUUAAGGGCCGUUAGUUUUCUUUCAGCUUCCAUAGCGAAGCAAAGAUACUGCACCAUGACAAGUAUUAUUCUCUUCUUCUCCUUUCUACCCUGUAUUUGCUUGCUUGCUACAGCUUCAACAAACUCUAUAACUCCAACCCAACCACUUACAGACGGACAAAUACUUUAUUCACCCAACAAUUAUUUCCAACUCAAAUUUUUCAAUCCCUUGGAUACCAAAAAUCGCUAUGUAGGGAUAUGGUGUUGCCCAAACGACUCAUUAACGAACAGAUUCGUCUGGGUCGCGAACAGAGAGAAGCCGCUUACAGAUUUCGGGGGAGUUUUUGCCAUCCAAAAUGGCGGAGGUCUGGUUGUUCUGGAUGGGAUGAAGAAAGCAGUCUGGUCGUCAAACACUUCAUAUGUGAUGAAUAAUUCUUCAGUUGCAGAGCUGUUGGAUUCUGGAAAUCUUGUGUUGAGAGAAGUGAAUUCAGUAAGAGUCAUUUGGCAGAGCUUCGAUCAUCUGUCCGAUACACUUAUCUCAGGGAUGAAGGUCGGAAUCAACCUGAAAACAGGAGAAACGUGGACGCUGAGAUCGUGGAGAAAUGAUAGGGAUCCAGCACCCGGUAGCUUUACAUUUGGGAUCGAUCCUCAAUCACUAAAUCAGUUCUUCAUAUGGCGGAGAUCCAUUCUAUACUGGAGAGGCAUCUUCUGGAACGGGACUGCAUUUAGUUCGCCUCCGUUGAAUUCUUUCAACUACAAAAUCAUCAGCAGUGAAGAUGAGGUCUAUUUUACUAUCCUCUCUCCUACUGAUAUUGAUUUAUAUAGCUUUCUGGUGAUGAAACCAGAGGGUAUUUUUGAAUAUUCCGAAAUAUACAGUGGAGGAGCGUCCAUUUCUUCCACGUAUUUACGAGAGGAUCAGUGUAGAGUUUCUGGUGGUGGCUGCGGAAUGUUUAGUAGCUGCAACGAAAAUGGUAUGCCACCAUGCAAGUGCUUGCCAGGGUUUGAGCCCUCAUUACCUCGCAACUGGAGCUCUGGAGACUGGACAGCUGGGUGCAGAAGGAGGACUCCAGUGCCAUGCCGUGAUCUGAGUGAGUUCAUACUUUUGAAAAGGGUGAAACUCACUCCUGCAGAUUAUAAUGAACAUAUGUUAGCUUUAUGCGGACCGCCUUGGGUACUUCAUGGCUGCUACAGUGCAUAUGCCUUCAAAAAUAGGAGCAGCGAUGGUGAUGGUGAUACUUGUUACUACUGGUCUGAAGGCAAUUUGAGGGGAAUUAUAGAGAAUGAUGACGAAGAAGAAGGAUCGGAGUGGUGGGACCUAUACUUAGGGCUUACAUCUUCUGAGUUUGGUGAGCUUAGUAGGACUGGGAGAGAAUGCGGAAACUGCGGCACCAACAUCAUUCCUUACCCUUUAAGCACUGGACCCGGUUGUGGUGAUCCAAAAUAUAGUAGCAUUCGCUGUGACACCGACACCGGUCAACUUCGCUUCCAAGCACUCGAUGGCUUUUCUUAUGAAAUUAGCAGAUUCAACCCUGAAAGUAAGAAGUUGGUGAUCCAACCAGAAGGCAUCGAUCUUUGUUGGGCAAACAGUUCGAAAAGAAGUGAUAUACAUCUGAAUAGUAGCCUACCAUUUUAUGUGACCAAAAACAACACUAUUCUUUUGCUAAAUUGUUCAACUUCCAAACACUUACCACCUUUGAAUUGCAGCUCUUCUAGUCAGUGCCGUAGGUACAUAGAGGAUGGCAGAGCACCCUGUUUUGAUCCACAGAGGUGUUGUAGUUAUACUGUUGGGGAUUUUCCAUGGAAAUUUCACACAAUUGGAGUUUCAAGUACUGGGUGCAGUGCUUAUGCAAGCAUUUUUAAUUGGGAUGACCAAGACCUACAGCAUAAAAGUUACGAGGGAAUUGAAAUUGGCUGGAGAGAUCCACCAGAACCAGUGUGUUAUUCAGUAAACGAGUGCUGGGCUUGGCCAAACUCAACGUGCUUGCCUGAUAAGGCAGAAGUUGGAAGGAAAAGGUGCUUCUGCAAUGCAAACUUCCGGUGGGAUGGAUCACUGAUGAGGUGCAUGCUUGAUGGUGGUGGUAAUAUGCAAACAACAAAUUCAUCCAACAAGAAGGGAGCAUUGCCGCAGUCAGUCAAUAAGAAGGGAGCAUUGCCGCAUCCAUCCCAUAACAAGGCAGAAUUGCCACUAAUUGUCACGGUAACUGUUGUCAUUGGAAUUCUUACAUUGAGACCAUUAAUCUAUUGUUGGUGGAAGAUGAAGGACAUGGUAAAAGGAAAGCGGAAGAACAGGCUGAAUGGACCCAUGCAUCAAUUAGGCACACACGUUCCAAGUGCCAAUGGGUUUCUAGAUGUACCUAAGAAGAGCAAUGGCCUUGAUGUACCACUUAUAGAUUUUGAAAGCAUACAAGCAGCUACAGACAACUUCUCGGAAUCAAAUAUACUUGGAAGAGGGGGUUUUGGAACUGUGUACCAUGGUAAGCUGCCCGCGGGAGAAGAAAUAGCAGUGAAAAGACUUUCAAAGUUUUCUGGGCAAGGCCUAUUGGAGUUCAAGAAUGAGGUUAUGUUAAUUGCGAAACUUCAGCAUAGAAAUCUCGUUAGGCUCUUGGGUUAUUGCAUUGAGGGAGAUGAAAAACUGCUCAUCUAUGAGUACAUGCUGAACAAAAGCUUGGACUUCUUUCUCUUUGAUCCAAAUCGAUGCACGUUGUUAGACUGGGAGAAGCGCUUCAACAUCAUUUUGGGAAUCUCUCGAGGCCUCGUCUAUCUUCAUCAAGAUUCUCGGUUGAGAAUUAUACAUAGAGAUUUCAAAACUAGCAAUAUUCUGUUGGAUGAAGAGAUGAACCCCAAAAUUUCAGACUUUGGAAUGGCUAGGAUUUUUGGGGGAAAUCAAACUCAAGAAAAUACUAAUAGAGUGGUUGGAACAUAUGGAUAUAUGUCUCCUGAGUACGCUGCAGAUGGGAUUUUCUCUGUGAAAUCUGAUGUUUUCAGCUUUGGAAUUGUACUACUCGAAAUCAUCAGUGGGAAGAAGAACGCGGGCUUUUAUAACUAUGAGCACUCUUUGAGCCUAAGUGGACAUGCAUGGCGAUUGUGGAUGGAACAAAAAGCACUGGAUUUGGUGGAUCCAUCACUAAGCGAGACAUAUAAUUCAUGCACUGCUGUGAAGUGCAUCAAUGUAGGGCUUUUGUGCGUGCAAGAAAAUGCAGCAGACCGACCAACCAUGGCUUCCAUUAUCACGAUGCUUGAUAGUGAAACUGCAAGUCUUCCAACACCCAAACAACCUGCUUUCUACAUAAGAAGUGCCCACACUACAAAUUCUUCUAAUGGGCCGCCGAAUUGUUCCAAGAAUGAGGUGACAAAUUCCACAGUAGAAGGUAGAUAAUUUUGAGAAGCAAAUUUUAGCUUAUUUUCCUAAAAGCUAUGAGUCUUUCUAGCCAUGGUAUGAAUUAGUACUCUCUGUAAGUCAAUGACUUCUGCCUUGAUUUAUGCCAAUUCAUUUCUUA